UACGCGUAAAUAAAAUGCUAUGCAUGUGUUAUGCUUUAUAAUGCAAAUUGGAUCUUCAAGUAUGGUAUGCUUUAUUAUGCUGCACGUUAAAUGAUUUACGCUUGAUUACGCUUAUUUACGCUUGAAUGCUUUACGCUGAUAAGUUUAUGCCUGUGAUUGAUGCUUGCGUCUGUUGGGGGAGGCCUCCCUCAACAGUACGAUGCCGUGUCCGCUGAGGAGGGCCUUCCUCACGGCGCGAUGCCCGUGUCCGCUGAGGGAGGCCUCCCUAGCGGCGCGAUGCCAGUAUUCCAGUGUUACAGCGUCUAUUGGGGGAGGCCUCCCUCAAUAGUACGAUGCCGUGACCGCUGAGGGAGGCCCCCUUCACGGCGCGAUGCCCGUGUUCGUUGGGGAAGGCCUUCUCCACGACACGAUGCGUGUUGAUGAUUGUUAAUGAUGAAGAAUGCGCUCAUGCUGUUUAUGAAUAUGGAAAUGUUUAAUGAGCAAAGGAUUUGAAAGAAACUUAUGCCUCUUAUGCGAAGUUGUGUUUUGUUGUUGAUAUUAUGUUAUAUGCUUGGCACUGCCCACUGAGUACUCUUGUACUCAGCCCUUCGUAUGUUUAUGUUUGUGCAGGUUGAGAUGUGAUGGGCGAUGAAGUGUUGCUGAGUGGAGUUUUUGUUGAACUUAAAGUAGGCUCAGAAAGGAUACAUGUCUUCAUACAUGUAUCUCAGUUAUGCAUUCCGCUGUAAACACUGAUUAUUUCAGUUACACCUUCCGUUGCAAACUCUGAUAAAGUUUUACUCAAGCCUCUAACGAUGCCUUUUUCCUUUUUAAGGAAUAUAACGCGUAUACAAGUUCUUUGAGUACCCUUUUUAUGCGAACUAUGCCUUUUUCCUUUUUAAGGAAUAUUUCACGCGUAUUCAAGCUCUUUGAGUAUUCUUUUAUGCACCCCUUUCUAAACCCGCUCCUUAAUUUCCCUUCCCCAGUCAUGGUUUUCCCGGAUUAAUUAUCCUUAAUUAAGGCCGGUCGUGACAGAGUGGUAUCAGAGCAGUUCGUUUGCUCUGAGCCUAAGAGUUUAUUUAAGCCAAACUUAGAAUGGAUCACUAAAGAGUCUAGAGUUCAAUCGACAAAGCUCAGCACUUCAUCGCAUCACACUCAACGAUGCAAAAUGGUAUGCUCUUCCAAGUUUUGAGUGAAUGUUUACAAAAAGUGAGAACUAUCGUAAUAGCAAAGUGUGUAACUGUCAAUAGCUAUGUUAUGUUGUUAUUGACUGAAAUGAUUUACAUAAGUGCGAUUAAGUAUGCCUAUGGAAUGAAUCCCUAUGAACAUAAAGCUAUUAAGAUAUGAGAUCACCACUACGACAGAACAUAGAAGCAAACAUAGAAGAAAUUAGAUUGUAUCUUUUGGUGGCUAUAGUGAAGGCAGCAAGAUAAGUGAUACGUAUAGAAUAAUUCUUAAGCUCGUGAUUUUAUGGCCCCUAUGAAUCUCCAUGACUUAUGCCUAAGUAUCCAAUUUAGAUGAUGAGAUAUUAUAUGUUUAAGAAUUGAUAUGACUCAUGGAUAUGAGAUGCUAAGGACCCUUAGAGCUUACUACAUCAAUGUUGUCAUUGGAGUUAUGACUUGUUUACAAGUUAGAAUAAGUUAACAUGUACAAGAAUUCUUUUGAGGCUUGUAUUAGAUUAUGCUAGAGUGUACUAAUUGGCACAUCCCUGCUAUCAGAAUGCCGCCUAAGAGAGGACGCCCUGUGAGAAACAAUAACAAUCGCAGAAAUCAUAACGCUGUACCAGAAGAACCACAAGAUGCUCGAGGACAUAACCCAUCCCCUCCGCCCCCGACUAGGAGAGUCGAAGAACUCUUUUUAAGGCAAAACCCACCUACGUUUGACGGAACGAGUGAACCAGCUGAAGCUGAGAUUUGGGUGCGUGCAAUGGAACGCAUCUUCAACUUUCUACGUUGUACUGAUGAGGAGCGCCUAUCUUGCGUCUCAUUCCAGCUAACAGGAUCAGCUGACUUCUGGUGGGAAGCACGACGAAAAAUUCUGACACCUGAACAAUGGGCAAGUUAUACUUGGGAAGAUUUUAAGACAGGAUUGUAUGAUAAAUAUAUUCCGAAAAGUUAUAGGAAGAAGAAAGAAGCUGAGUUCUACGAGUUGAAGCAAGGAAAGAAAUCUGUGGUUGAAUACGACAAAGAAUUCUGCAACCUGUCUAGGUUUGCUCCGCAACAAGUGGACACAGAUGAGAAGAUGGCAGAGAAAUUUUGUGCCGGUCUGCGACACGAAAUUAGGAUGACUCUAGCAAGCCACGGAGGACUCUCAUACACGGAGUCUCUGAACAGGGCACUUGACAUUGAAGCUGCAAUGCCGUCGGACAAGUCAGCCCCACCAUUUAUCUCAACGCCAAAUAAUCCACCAGUAGCCUCACAUACUCUCAAAGGGAAGCGCAAGUGGGACAACAACGAAGACAAUAUCAAUCAGACUAGUAAGAAAGUGUGGCAAGAAAAAGAACGGGCCGAACAGUUUAUUCAACCAAGGCACGAGGCACAGACUAACCUCGAGCCAACUAGAGGUAACCAAGGUCAGAAAGGAAUUUCACCUUGCCCAAAUUGUGGUAAGAUGCAUAGGGGUGUCUGUCGUGCCGGAACUAACGGUUGUUACAAUUGUGGCCAAAAGGGUCACUACUCCACGCAAUGCCCCAACAGACAACGAGGUUCAGCAAUUGGGAACACUCGCACCUCCUUGCCAGCAAUACGUGGACACUUGCGAAAUCAGCCUCAAUCACAGCAGUGAAAAUCUUAUGGAGACACCGCAGACAAGAAGAAGCCACGUGGGAACUAGAAGAUAAGAUGAGGGAGAAAUACCCCGAACUGUUUUAGCAGAGAUAUGCAAAUUUCGGGACGAAAUUUUUGUUAAGAGGGGUAGUAUGUAAUGACCCGCAUUUUUAUUUUUAUUUAAUAUGGUAUCGCGAUAAUUAAUAUCGCAUCUUUCAGUAAAUGAAACCCAGCUGCCAGUUAUAUAUGAAUCCAGUUUAUGGUCCUGAUUUUUUUAUCAGAGACGGAGUUAUUAUUUAGCUUUAUACUUUUAUAACGUAUGAGAAAAACGUGACGAGAAUUAUUGAGCCAUUCAAUAAUUUAUUAUCCAGUUUAAUAACUGACUUAGCAAAGUCAAAUUAUUAAUUUAUAUGCGAUAGAAAUAUUAUUUCUAUUAUUUACUUGGAAGUCGUGAUCUAAUUCCGAAUCAUAAGAACGAGUUAAAUUAGAUAUUUAAUUCGUAGAGAGCUAUAACGAAGCGUCGUUAUUUAGUAGAACCCAAUAUUAGUUUUACAAAUACUUGUAACUUCAAUACUUUACAAAUCAUUAUUUUUUUCCACUCCCUAAUGUUUCCUACACUAUACGCAUCCACUCCACCAAAUCCCAUUAUACCUACCUCCCCACCACCACUCCUUUUCCCCCACCACACUAGUGCACCACCAACUCCACUCAAUCGUUUGGCACCAACAAAGAUAGAAAGUUUAAAGAAAAGAGUGUUGCAAAGACUAGUGGAAAGAAGGAAAAUAUCAACUCCCACCACCCUUUGCUCCCUCUCUUUACAGCCACCAAGAGCUUUCUCCAAAGAGCAUAGAAGCCUCCACUUCGUUCAGCCAAGUUCUCAAGUUCCAGUUCAUUCGACACGCCGUAUCCGAAAAGCAAGUUAAAACAUUCAUUCAAUUCUCUGCCAAACUUUAAGUUCAGUCAUUCCAGUUCUUUUAACUCAACAUCACAGCAGCCAACCAAGCCCAAAACAUUCGCAAGGUCAAGCGCGAGAGUAAGAACUAUUCAAGAAGUCACAGUACUUAGCAAAACUUUGCUAUCAGGUUGAGAUGUGAUGGGCGAUGAAGUGUUGCUGAGUGGAGUUUUUGUUGAACUUAAAGUAGGCUCAGAAAGGAUACAUGUCUUCAUACAUGUAUCUCAGUUAUGCAUUCCGCUGUAAACACUGAUUAUUUCAGUUACACCUUCCGUUGCAAA